AAAAUAAUAAUUAAUCUAUUGGAUUUUAGUUUAAAAGAAAUAUAAUUCAAUUAAAAGAUGAUCGGGGUUCUAUAUGCUGUAUUGUUCGUUUUGAUUGCAGAUGUAAAAACACAAGACACGCAGAGGAGGAAUCUUCUAUUUGUGAGAAAACAUGAGCCAACUAAAGAUGGAACUUUACAAACAAAAAGCCAACAAACAGUAGUGAUACCUCCAAAAACUGGGGGCCAAAUUUCCCAGACAGAUAUCCAUACUCCAAAACUCCCAUCUCAGUUCGGAAAUUCAUUUUUACCGGUAGGGUUCCUUUCAAACCCUAAUGUAGAUAAAGCAAUUGCACCAACUGUAAACAGUCCCAUAUCAACAACCAGUUCGGGAUUUAAUGGAAUUACUCAAUCCAUCAACAGUCUUAUUGCAUCAGUAAACAAACACACAAGCCUAUUAACGAAAUCUAUUCAGACCGAUUUACAAAGGCAGACAAAUGCUUUAACUGGUUUGAUAAAAGCAUCUGCAGAGAAAAAGAUUAACUCAGUAUUAUCAGAUGUUUUAAGUGGAUUUCAAGGUGAAAGGAACGAAAAAAACAUACCUGUGACUAAUUCACUUUCGAAUACUAACAUUCAACCAAUCAACAAUCGACAACAAAAUGUUAACGAAAAUGGAAACAUAGGAAGGCGUAUACCUCUGGUUCUACGAAACUCAAACGCAUUGGUACAACAGACAACAGCUGGGAGAUCACCACCUCGCCAGGAGUCAUUCAGACCUUUGGUCGUAUCAAGACAACCAGCGCUGCCAGCAUUGCGACCAUUAGUUCUAGCACCAAGAAGUUUUUUAUCAAAUCAAAGAAAUACUGACACAAGGUCAAGGACACGACCAGCCAUGGAUACAACUAUCACACGAACAAGAAUACCGUCAAAUCCAUCUCGUCAGAGAUCUGAAACCAGAAUGCUACAGUUACAACUUAGAAGACAGCCUACGGUUACUAGAAACAGAUUAACACAAGUGCAAGUAACAAGACAGCAAAUAGCACGGGGACGGAAUACAUCCACACAACGUCAACGAGCACAGACCAGACCAGUAACAAGACAAAUGGUGCAGAUGCAACAAUCUCGUCGAUGUCCCUCACAAGACGAUUGUAGACCGAUAGUACCUGCUUCGUGCAGACGAACUUCGUUUAUAACAGAUGACAGUGGAAGACGGUUGUGCAGAGGCUGUGAUGAAGACAGGUGUGCAUUUGCAGGAUUUGAACAAAGAUGGGGUCAUGGAUUUGGUUGAACGAUUGACUUUUUCUAGUGAAUGAUAGCACAACGCUUCCUGCUGAAGACAAAGAAAGGGGGAAACAAUAUUGUCUGUGUAGCUCUAUUCGUCUGUUUAAAGAUGAAACGGUGCUGAGAAAAUUAUAUUUUUAUACUGCUUAUGUGAAUAAAUACGUUAAAAAAUAAA